AUGGAAAAACUUGCGACAACUCCAGAACAAAUUGAAGAAACAAACCAUGUCAGCUUCAUUCUUCCUUCUAAAAAAUCAUUAGAAGGAUUAAGUAGGACUCCCUCUUUAAUGUCAGUUUCUUCUGAUAAUUUCACUUUAAAACAACCACAUUAUCAUGCUCUUUAUCAACCUUCAUGGCGUGAAAAAUUGGCUGUUGAGCUUGAUAAUACUGCUAUCGGUAGUAUCUGGAAAAUAGUGGAUGCUUUUCUCAACAUUUUAUUAUGUAUGAUUUAUAUAGCACAUACUGGUCAUAUGAUGAAAUCUUUGCCGCUGGUGAAUGUGUGCUUGGAAGUAAUAGUAUCAUUGCUGUUGAUAAUAGAAUAUGUUCCAAAAUUUUACAUUUAUGAAUUUGAAUCAUGGAAGUCAUUUUUCACUAGCCCUAUUCCACUCCUAACAAUCUUAACAGUCUUUCCUUGUGCUGCCACUGCUCAUGAUCCCGUAUUCCAAGAAACUCGUUACAUUGUAUUUUUUUAUCCUUUUCGAUUUAUUCGAUGCUAUUUAUCUGUAUAUGAUUGUUUAGUUAGAAGCGAGAAAUCUAUCAUCAAAAUUGGUCAAGUUACCAGUAGGGUAUUAAUCUUUUUGACAUCCAUCAUUUUUCUUGUAUUAACUGGAUCAACUUUGUUACAUGGUGUUGAAUAUGCAUAUAUGUAUUCUAUAUCUGAAUUGAUUAUUCUAAUACGUUCAAAAUCUAUUUAUGAUAGACCAUUCAGAAAAAUAUCACAACAACCCCAUGUCAUCAUCAUUGCUCCAACUAUAGAAUUACCCUCAUUAAAACAUUUUUUAAAGGAAUUUUAUUCAUUAGCGCAUGGUCUUGCAACCGUUAAUACAAAAGUAGUAAUUUUAAAUCCUGCACAACCAAAUGACCGUGUAAAGUCAUUUUUAUCAGAUCCUUUAUAUGCACAUCGUGUACAAUACAUUAGGGGUAGUUCACUCGAGUCGCGUAGCUUAAAAAAAGUAAAUGCAAAAAAAGCCUCUGCGUAUUUUAUUUUAGCCAAAAAAUUUACACAACAAAGCGAUACUAUUGAUGCAGAAAAUGUUUUAAAAGCAAUGGCAUUAAGUAAAUACGAUGAAGGUCCUAAACUUUAUAUUCAAUGUAUUCUUCCAGAAAAUAAAAUUCAUUUUGAAAGUUUAAAUCCUGAAUUAAUAUUAUGUAUAGACGAGUUAAAACUUGCCAUACUUGCUCACUCAUGCUUAACUCCUGGAUUUUCAACACUUUUAUAUGGUCUUACAACUACGUUCACUUAUGAAUCAACUCACGAAUUGAGAAAUAUUAAAAAAGAGUCAUCAUCUCGUUUGGAAAAUGACUAUAUUGAAGAUUAUAUCGAAGGCAUCUCUCAAUCUAUCUACACCACAACCCUAUCAAAUUAUUUUGCUGGUUCUACAUUUCAUGCUGUUGUUGGUCGUUUGUACGAAAGUUUAGGUGUUGUACUAUUUGCUAUUGGUAUUCCUCAACAACAUUUUCCAAUUGGAUCAUCAAAUAAUACAUCACAUGAAGAGGGCGAUUGUGACGGAGAUGCCAAGAACUAUAUGGUUUUAAUUAAUCCUGGAAAUUAUAUUGUAAAAGGUGACGAAGUUGGAUUUAUAAUUGCUUGUGAUGGUGCGCUGGCUGAAGGUGUUUCCAAUUAUGAAUGGCAUAAUUUGCAUGUUCUAAACAAUGAGAAUAUAUCUUCUGAGCCACAACAAAUUCCUUCAGAAAGACAACCAUUAUUGUCAUCCGACACGUUGAAAAAUAAUAACGGUGGCUCAUAUUAUGAUAUAAAGAAAAAAUCGGGCCGUCCUACAAGCCCUGAUAAAACCCAUCACGAAUAUCCUUACAAACCAGAUACUAUUACACGUCAUCAACGCGCGCUUUCUACCCCUCUUGCUUUUGCAUCAGACUUUGAUCAUAAACAACAUUACAAGCAGCACCAUCAUCACACUAUAGAUCCCUCUUCCUCCUCAUCAAAUGCUCUUGAUAGCGAACACAUAAAUUUAAUAUUGGAUACAAUCAAUGAACAUAUCCUCUUGUGUGAUUAUUCAACUGCAACUUUUCCACGUAAUUUGGAUUGUUUUGUUAGCCCAUUACGUAAAUCACAUUUGGAUAAGUUUAAACCAAUUGUGAUUCUUUCACCAACAAGACCUACAACAAGUCAAUGGAAAAUUUUAAGUCAAUUUGAUCAAGUAUAUUUUGUUCAAGGAAAUCCAAUGACACGAGAAGGUCUUGAACUUGGCAGAGUUAGAUUUGCAAAACAAGCUGUGAAUGGAGAAAAGACUGAAGACGCACCAGCGAUGUUGGUUUACUUGAACAUUAAGGCAAUGUCUAUCGAGGAAGACAUAGAUGUGAUUGUAGAGUUUGUACAUACGAACAACAUGAAGUUCGUUUCAGAAGACACGUCAGCAGUCAUUGAUAAGAAUAUUAAUGCUUUCAUGGCAGGAACUUGUUUUUCUUUAUCCAUGUUGGAUAGCAUAAUAUGUCAAUCAUUCUAUCAACCACAUCUAGUUGCUAUCAUUAACCAAUUACUUUUUGGAGCUCCUCCACUUCAACUUUCUUCAGGUACAACUUGUUCUGCGCCCGCUCAUUCACACAUUUUUCAAAUUCCUGUCCCCGUAAGAUUUAUAGGUUCACAAUAUGGAUCAAUGUUUCAUUUCUUAUUGGGCGAGAAAAGAGCUAUUCCUUUGGGUCUAUAUCGUACCAAUAAAUUUAUAACACCAAAUGGUAAAACCAAAUAUUCUAAAUAUGUAUAUACUUGUCCCAGAUAUAAUGUAAUGUUGAGAGAUGAUGAUAAAGUUUUUGUGUUGAGUAAACAAAUUCCAUCUAUAUUGUAA